AUGUCAUCCUCAUCGUCCUCUUCUUCCCCGCAGAUGAGCAUUAGCAGUAGUAGUCCCAUGGGGACUCCUAGCAAAAACAAGUACUUUUUUGUAUCGACUCCCCCCAGCCACAGCCCACAGCACCAACAAUCGCAAACUAUCUGGAAGAUUCUCCGAUGGGUCUUGUUGGGCUUUGGCAUUGGCGCUGCCACCAUGGCACUGUUUCAAUCCAUCAACAUGCCUAGCAUUCGAGUGGAAUUUGAAUACGAAGAGGGACCACCACCACACCAAGUGGCGCAACAACAUCACAAAAACGCGUUCAUUCUCCAGAGCAAACACAACAGCAACAAGAAACAUUUACAGCAAGAUGUCUUGGCCUUGAAGCAACAAAAAGACCUCGAAUUUGCUGCACGGGAAGAGGCAAAUUGGAAUAUUCACAACAGCAACAAUGACGAGGCGAAACCCAAUGACACGCAAGAAAGCGAACAACAGGAGGAAGCCACAGACGAAGAAGAUCCGGAAGCCGAUAAUACCGACCAGGUCGAGGAAGAUGUCGAUGCCGAAGGCAAUACGGAAACUGACAAGAAAAAAUCUUCCAGCAAUGGGACGUUGGGAACCUUGAAACUCAUCAAGGGAGAAAUGGAGGUAGAGGACGAUGAUCCUGAUUUUAGCAAUCCGGGUCCUCCACCCAAACUAGAAAAAGGAGAAGCCUUUGCGGCUUGUAUCCUUAUCAAAGACGACAAUCAUUGGUUGAUUGAGUGGUUGGCCUACCACUAUCACACAAUGCCCCUGCGAUACUUGAUUGUGGCUGUGGAUCCAGACUCCAAAACUUCACCAAUUCCCAUUUUGAAACGAUGGAAGGAUCGAAAAAUGAUGUCCAUCAGUGUCUGGAAUGAUGAAAUGUUCAUGCCCAAGCAAAUAAAGGCCAAUGCCGGAAUCUUCAACAAUAACACAGAACUCAUGAUGCACAGAGUAAGGCAGAAUAACUUUUACUUCAAGUGCAUGAGAACAUUCAAACAACGUGAUCGAGAAUGGCUCAUGCUGAUUGACACAGAUGAGUACAUUGUCAACAAUUACGCUUCUGGUCUCUACUACAACAUUACCAAAAACAUCCCAAUCACAAAACCAGGCAAUGUCCUUACAUUCAUCAAGCAACAUCACAUGCUCACAGGUGAGAAUCAUACCUGCAGCUACAUGCCUCGGUACAUGUUUGGAAUCAAGGAAAGUGAAACUACUAUGGUACAGAGACACAUGCCUGCAGGCAUGGAUGGAAUGGACUAUUUGACGCAACGAUUCCUCUAUCGCAAUCCACGACGCAUGCACAAUGGCAAGAACCUAAUCAACAUUCGCAUGCUGCCACAAAUCAAAACUUAUACCAGUGUCCAUCAUGUGUCAAGUUACUGCCCGGAUCCAGACAAGAUGCGGACCGUCAACCAUGUCAAGAAAUCAUUGGUAAGGGUCCAUCAUUAUCUUGGUACGGAGGAGCAGUACUUUUUCCGCAGUGAUCCUCGCACAGCCAAGGUGUCCAACAGCACAGAUGCACCACCGUCACCUGACACCAAAAAGAAAGAGAAUAGCACACAGGCCUACUUUACGCGAGGAAAGGGUCGGUACAAAAUGCUCAACAAACGUUCCAUUUAUCCUGAUCAAGGAGCAAGAGCAUGGAUACGGGGAUUUGUGCAUGAUGUUGGAUUGGAUGUGGCCAAGGAGUUGUUGGCCGGUGUGGGAAAGGUUGGAUAUGAGGAAUGA